GGCAAACGUCUGACCUAGUCGUAACGACUAAUACUAAUAUCUGUGCUUUAUACCCUUCGUCUCUUAAUAGCAGUAUUCAAAUAUUGCAAGAGAACAGUUUUCUAAUGGCGGACCAUCAUCCCGAAAAUAAUGGAGACACUCCUCACGACGAAACUCAAUACACUAAUGGAAGAACCGGCGAAAUCGUAACAGGGCUUGGUAACGAUUUUGAAACCUUUGCUAGAAUUCAGCCAUCGAACCAGCACAUUGACCUCGUCGUUGAUAACUAUGUCUCGUACAUGAAUGAGCACGAUGCACGUAAACACGAUCGAGAAUCAGUGAUUGAGGAGAGUCCUAAUCACAGAUAUGCCAAGUUAAAUACAAUUUUGGGUAAAGGUGCAUACAAGGUCGUAUAUAAGGCCAUAGAUCGCGAAGAAGGCUAUGAAGUCGCGUGGAACUGCUGUCAGUGUGAUAAUAUCUUCAUCAAUGGAGCUCAUGGUGAAGUAAAAAUUGGCGAUAUGGGGACCGCAAAGAUGAAGUUAGGAAAAAAGUAUACCGUUAUCGGGACUCCUGAAUUUAUGGCCCCAGAAAUGUAUGAAGAAAAGGGGUACAACGAAAAGGUGGAUAUAUAUGCAUUUGGAAUGUGUCUUCUUGAAAUGGUGACUGGCGAAUAUCCGUAUAAUGAAUGUAAGAAUGCAGCUCAAAUUUAUAAGAAAGUCACCUCGGGAAUAAAGCCAGAAAGUUUGAAACAGGUUCAAGAUCCGGAAAUCUUGGACUUAAUAAACCAUUGCCUGGCUCCUGAAAAUGAAAGGUACACUGCUCAGCAGAUAGUGGCACAUCCUUUUCUCACCGUGGAACCCGAAGUAGUGUUAAUGACUGCUGAUGAGACAAAAACUCAACUGACCUUGCAAGUUGUUUUCAAAGGAAUGGACAAGUUGUCGGUAAAAUUUGAAUUCAAUGUGGAAAAAGAUACAGCAGAAGAAGUCGUAAAGGAAAUGAUAGAAGAGCAGGUCCUUCCGGACAACUAUCAGCAACUUAUUACCCAUGAGAUAAAUCGAAUUUUAAGAGAAAUAAAUAAGCAGGCAAUAGAAGAUGAUAACCGAGAGGAACACAAAACACAAUGGCCAGGAUCACCAUCUGCGUCGCAGUAUGCGGGAGCAAUGUCACCACACUUGAUACCCGCUAAACCUCCAGUCUCCGCCCCUUCCUUGGAAAGUGAUAGUCCAGAUGCCACGCUGGUACAGCCACCGAUAAUAUCUACGACGACAACGACGGCAGCGGCAGCUGAAUGGAUUCAAAAUGCUUUGGUGGAAACCCUUUCCGCAAAAGAAUAUUCAGAUGAUACGUCCAUUGAUGAUCUUGUUCGCGAUACUGCCAGUCUGACAAAUCGAGAUGAAAAAGCAGAUGAAUGGUUAGAGAAACUAAAAAAACAGGACUUGAUGACCGUUGGUGAUUUGCGAGCGCUUCUUGACGGUGAUUGGCAAGGCAUAGGGUUGACCGUAUUUGCUAUGCGUGCUCUGAAGAAUGCCUUACAUGGUAAGACAUACCGAACCCAAAAUAACAACCCAAAUAACAACUUAAAUAAUGGCCCAAAUAAUGGCCCGAAUAGAUGA